CAUACGUCGGAGGGGGGCUCGACUAUAGCGUUUCUUUAGGUCCCAUUUCCGGUCUCGUGUUCUGCCCAAUCUUUUUGGUCGGGGAGGAGCUGCCAUGGCGGCUGCUUCUCUCGUCCGUCUCUCUUCCUUGAGCUGUGGCGCGGGAGAUCGCCGCCUCUCGAGUCGGAGGUAUUGCUGGAACCAGAAGAGUUGCUUGAAGAUCGCCGCUUCGUCGUCCGAGCGAUUGUCUCAAUUUGCAGCCGAAAAGCUUACCCCUAAGGUGGAGAGCUUAUUGGACAGCGUAAAGUGGGACAGCAAAGGAUUGGUAGUCGCUAUUGCACAGAAUGUGGACACUGGAGCCAUUUUGAUGCAGGGGUUUGCUAAUAGAGAAGCGCUUGCAUUGACCAUUGCAUCUCAGAAGGCAACUUUCUACAGCCGGUCGAGAUCAUCUUUGUGGACAAAGGGAGAGACCUCGAUGAACUUCAUCAAUGUCCAUGACAUUUUUCUAGAUUGUGAUCGUGACUCAAUUAUAUAUCUAGGGAAGCCUGUUGGACCAACUUGCCACACUGGAGCUGAGACCUGUUACUAUUCAUCAGUUUAUGAUCUUUUGGAUGAACCAGAGUCCAAACAAGAUCGGCUAGCAUCUACGACAUUGUAUUCGCUGGAGGCUACAAUUUCACAGCGUAAACUUGAAAUUGAUUCAUUGCCUAAUGGGAAACCAUCAUGGACAAAGAAGCUAUUUCUUGAUGAACAGUUGCUUUGCUCCAAAGUCAGAGAAGAGGCAGGGGAACUUGUCCAGACAUUGCUUGAGAACGAGGACAAGACUCGUGCCGCAUCUGAAAUGGCCGAUUUGCUAUACCAUGCCAUGGUAUUGCUUAAGCUGAAGGAUGUCAAAAUGGAAGAGGUCCUUGAAGUCCUCAGAAAAAGGUUCUCACAAUCGGGGAUCGAGGAGAAAAACAGCCGAAAGAGUCCUAGCAAAUAAAGCUGAAUCGACUCAUUGACUUGGAGAAUCUUUAUUCUUCAAAGCAAGCAUUCUGCAUAACCUUUUGCAUUUCUCGCAUUUGCUGAUACUCUUUUGCAUGUCUAGUUUUGGCUAGUAUUUAUCAUCCAUUUUGUUUGGAUAUGCUACUGCUAGAAAUGUUCCUUUUUCCUGUUCUUCCAAGAGGUUCCUAUUUGUGACAUUUGGUUAUUGUAUCGAAGAGUCCCACCAUGUACUAUUACCAUCUGUUUCCACAAGUUUGAUGAAUCGAAUCAUAUUUAAAUUUGA